AUGGGCACGGGCAUGUGCUCCAGGAGGCAGAAGGGGCUUCUGCAGACCGGGUUUUGCCUGGUGACUGUGGCAUGUUUGGGCUCGGGAGUUUUCCUGUACAACCACUUGCAGCAGAAGGUGAGGAACGCUGAAGCCCUGGCCCAGAAAUACAAACAGCAGCAGGAAGCUCUGUCUGCCCAGCUCCAAGUGGUGUAUGAGCACAGGUCCCGGCUGGAGCGAUCCCUGCAGAAGGAGCGAGGGGAGCACAAGAAGACAAAGGAGGAUUUUUUAGUGUAUAAAUUAGAAGCUCAGGAAGCUCUCAACAAGGAGAAGCAAGACUCUAUGAACAGAUAUGGAGCCCUCAGUUCCCAGCACAAGAUCCUGAAGAACCAGAAUGAAGAUGUCAAGAAGCAGCUGCUUGACCUGCAGCUGCAGCACAACAGCUUGAAACUGGAACAUCGUAAGACACUGGAGACCCACAGCCAGAAAUAUGCCCAGCUGCAGCAGGAGAGGGACAGCGAGGUCACAAACCUGCAGGAUACAGUCUUUAAACUCAGAGAAGAGAGCAAGCUCCUUCGGAAGGCCCACCAGGAAGUUCACUCUCAGCUCCUCAGUGCCCAGGCCCAGAUGGAAGAGUUCAGGCAGCUCAAGGAAGCUCUACAGAAGAUGCCAAGCUUCAAAGCAGGAGGAGCUGGGAAGGGGCAGCAGCAGCUUCAGGUGCCAAAGGAGCAGCCCAUGGCACCAGCCAACAGCCAGGCACAGCUGGCCAGGCAGAAGGCUCUUCCAGUUAACCAGGAGAAUCAUCCUGCUGGGAAUGGGAACUUGCUGGCCUCGCAGGUCGCUGGAGCUCAGAAGCUGGCAGAGGGGCCUCAGCUGCAGGGCCAUAACCCCUACAGCAAUGAUGGCCUGAGGCCACAGGCCAACAUGCUCUUUACCCACCCAGCCCCACUGCAAGAUGCCAAUUCACUGCCAGGGGCUUUGCCAGCCUGGCCAGCCAGACACGGGGAUGGCCACAUCAUCCGCUUCACCCGGACCAUGAACAGCCUGCCCAGUGGGAACCCAGAUCUCAAGAUGGUGAUGCGCAUUCAGGUGAGAAGUAACAAGGAGAGCCAAGCUCCUGGAUUGUCACUCUCUGACCCAAACCAACCACCUGCAGCAGAAAAACCUCAGAUGCCAGACAACCACCAGCCCCCAGGGAGCAGACAGGUGCCAAUGCAGAGCUGGAAAGACAUAGUUAAUAAAGUGGAUAACCAAAGGGAUGAGGAACAAGUGCACAGUUACCCAAAGAGCCUUCAUCUGGAUCCCAAGCCUGGGCAAGAGAUGCAGAAAGGCAGCCCCCAGCCAGCAGCAGGUCAGAAGAGAGGGGAAGAGCAUCCAAGAGCUGCUCAGGAGGGCGAGAAGGAAAGGACAGAUGAGGAGGAACUGGAAAUGGAUGCAGGAGUGAUUGAGAGAGAGGAGAACCUGCAUUCUCAGAAGGAGCUUGUUGCCCAGGAGCCAAUGAUGCCAGAUGAUGCUGCAGAUCCUGCCCAGGAUCCCAAUAACCAAGGGGAGGAUGAGUUUGAGGAAGCUGAGCUGGAGAGACCUGACUUUGAAGAGAAGGAUGCUGACAGACCUGCCAAGCCCAGGGAAGAGCCAGUGGAGGACUACCAAGAAGAUCAGGAGCAAGAAAUUGAGGAUCAUGGAGGUGAGGUGGAUGACAAUGAUGACCUGGAACUUGUCCAAGACCAGAAGGACCAUGGAGGCAUAGAGGGAGCUGGGGGCAAGAAGGAUGACUAUUACUGA